ACGAGAUCUCUCGACCACCUAUCUUUCUCUCCCCCCUCUCCUCUCUCCUCUCUCCUGUCUUCUCCUCCUCUCUCUUCUCCUCUCUCCCUCCUCGUCCACCGCCCACCAUAGGAAUCUUCUACUACGUGACAUGGGUCGCUGCAGUGUUCUGUGUACCAUAAUGCCUCAACAUCCUGGCCGGAAUAGGGGAUAAUAAACGGAGUCGAGGUCGGCAGUGCGGUGGUCAUAGCUGCCCCCUCAUCCUACUCCCGCACAACACUUCCUGGAGCUGGCGGGCUCCUGGGGCUCAAAACACCUCUUCUCCUCUACCUCCUCCUCCCCUUCCUAGCAGUCUCUCUCGCCCUCCUCAUGUACAACUGGUAUCCGUCACAGGUGUUUGUAGGUGACACUUUCUGCUACUUUGCCGGAAUGACGUUCGCGGUGGUCGGAAUCCUGUCUCACUUCAGCAAGACAAUGCUCCUCUUCUUCAUUCCCCAGAUUCUCAACUUCCUGUACUCUGUUCCACAGCUGUUUGGUCUCAUUCCCUGCCCCAGACACCGCCUACCCAGGCUGAACAGAAAAUCUGGACUCCUGGGCAUCAGCUGGGCCCAGUUCAAUCCCUCUCACCUCUCUCCUCUGGGAAAACUAACUCUCAGCAUCCUCCAGACCUUCAGACUAGUGACCACAGAGGCUGCCAGCGAGGAGGGCGAGAUCCGCGUCAAUAACCUCACCAUCAUCAACUUCUUGCUGAGACUCACUGGCCCCACCCACGAACAAACACUGACUGUACAGAGAGAAGCUCUGAUUGCGGAGGCAAUAGCGGAGGGCAAGGAACAUGGAAGGCAGCAGUCUCUUGCAAGAGAAGCCAGCAUUCAGCGCAUGAAGACGGGCCAGCUCAGCAGCGGGCAGAUGGUGGGAAGGCUCUUCAAGAAGCCUACCAAGAGUGCCAGGAAACAGGGAGAGGCCAGAGUCAUGCUGGACGACAUGGUGCGCCGGGCAGAGAAAAAGAUUGCAGAAGCGGAGAGACACAGCGUCGGUACCACUCAAGGAGCCGAAGAAAAGGCCGAGGCGCUGGCAAAGGAGCUGUUCCACAGACCUGGCUCCAUGCUCACCAGCGAUGAAAUUGCUCUCAUGACUCAGGAAUCCGGCUGCGCCAAUGUCAGAGAAGCUCCAACUUGCCAAUUUCCCCAGACUGUAAUCUACCGUACAAUUGACGGAACCUGCAAUAACUAUAAAUUCCCUCUUUAUGGAGCUUCUGAAACACCCUUUAGGCGCAUGGUUCCUGCCUUUUACGAGGACGGCAUCGACUCCCUCAGGGGUGAUAUCCAAGCUGUGAAUGAGGAACAGACUGAUGGUAUGUUUGCACUCGAUCCAUUUUCGGCUCCUGCUCCAAGUGCCCGUCUCAUCAGCAAGACCAUCAUCUUCCGUAACGACUCACUAGAGGAAGACGACUUUACUCACCUCCUCAUGCAGUGGGGGCAGUUCCUUGACCACGACCUCGACCUCUCUCCAGAACUAGAGGCCGAGUGUGAAAACUGUGAGUUUUCCGACAUCUGCCGCCCAAUCCGUGUCGCAAGAGAAGACCCUGUGUUUGGUCUGGGCACUCUGCAAAAUGGAAACUGUCUCCGUUUUGGCCGUUCCCUGCCAACCUGCAGCCAAGAUCCUCCUGGAUCAUACUCACCGCGAGAGCAACUCAAUGCCAUCACCUCGUUUAUCGAUGCGUCCAAUGUUUAUGGGUCAAAUAAGAUGCAUGGAAAUGCAGUCAGGCUUUUUGAAGACGGACUUUUGAAGGAGGGGGAGCCAGCGUUGCCAGGACAGAAACCGGCUCUUCCAAUUGACAAGGAUGACAUCAUGGCCUGCUUGAAUGCACAGAACUGCUUCCUUGCAGGCGACGUACGAGCCAACGAGCAGAUUUCCCUCACCAUAAUGCACACUCUGUGGCUCCGUGAGCACAACCGAAUUGCCGGUGAGCUGAAGGAGAUCAAUCCCUUCUGGGAUGACGAGAGGCUGUUUCAGGAAGCCAGGAGGAUUGUCGGUGCACUGCUCCAGAAGAUUACCUACGAAGACUACCUGCCCAAAGUCAUGGGCCCCACAGUCUUCAACCAGCUGAUUGGACCCUACCCUGGGUAUGACCCACGUGUUGAUCCUGGUGUUCCCAACAGCUUUGCCACAGCUGCCUAUAGAUACGGCCACAGCCUGGUGCGCCCCGAGUUUGCACGACUUGGUUCCAAUUUCCAACCAUUGCCCAAGGGACCACUUAAUCUUGUGGAUGCCUUCUUUAACCCAGAUCAGUUUAAGCUCAGCAUGGGCACUGACCCAAUAUUGCGAGGAUUAAUCACAGAAAAUGUACUGAGGGCUGACUCUUUCAUCAAUUUCGUUCUAAAUUCAAAACUGUUUGAAAGGGCUGACAAAGGGUUACCAGGAAUGGACCUGGCUGCACUCAACAUCCAGCGAGGUCGCGACCACGGACUACCGACACUCUCUGUCUUUGCCAACACCUGCAAGCGCAGGUUCCCUUGGCUCCCUGACCUCGGAGUGUUCCAGCAAGAACUGGACACCAUUCGUUUCUUGCAGCUUCACGGCUCUCUGAACGACGUGGAUCUGUGGAUGGGAGGACUGGCUGAGACCAGACUUCCAGGUUCCUUCAUCGGCCCAACCUUCGCCUGCAUCUUUGGCAUCACCUUUGACAACGUGAGAAACGGAGACCGGUUCUGGUACGAGAAUCCCGACCUUUUCACACCGGCUCAAUUGCGACAGAUAAAGAGGGGCUCCUUUUCUCGUGUAAUCUGCGACAACUCUGACAACAUCAACCGAGUGCAGCCAGAUGCCUUCCUCAGCAACCAGACCCGCGUUCCAUGUCGUCAGAUACCUACAGUCAACCUCAAUGCCUGGAGAGAGGCAAACUGCUUUGCCCGUGUUAGAGUCGCUGCAAUCCCCUCCCCUCUCGAAAUUAGAUUGUUUAGUCAGCGGCAGCGCAGAAGGAGACUCUCAACUAUCUCUUCCUCCACCGAGGUUUUCGGUGCGAGUCGGGACCCACAGACAAUGUGUAUGACAUUAAUCUGUCCUACAGGAUCCGAUGUCACAGUCCUUGUCCAGUCGAACGGGACAAGCAUCACUAUUACCCCCAACCCAACCCUACCCGAAAAUUUUCCCGGCAUAGGCUCUAAUAACUACCUUGCCGUCUGGCCAAACAAUGCAUUUAAACCCAAGAACGGGCUUUUCAGGGCGCAAACACCCUGCGAGAACCCCAACACUCAGCCCAGCAAUGUCGCCAUUGACGUUUCUAUUACCAUGCCCAACCCUGACCGCGUACAGCAGCAGAUGGAGGGGACAAUGGACGAUAGCGAAAUUAGGAAAAAAGAGUCGGAACUGUUGUUUGGGAGAAGUAACGAAGAUGAUGAAAUGCCCGAAGAUGAUGAAAAUCCCGAGGCUGACGAGAACGAUCAAAAUCUGAUGGCUCAGCUGGAGGAGGCACUGCAAGACCUUGAACUGUAGCUGGCCGUUUAAUUCGAGAUAUUUUAGCAUAUUAUGUAGCAUAAUUUCAUGUGGUGAAGUAGGGGUGUGGAGUGUUGUUCGUAAUUACCAUAACAUCACACGUUAUUUUCAUACCCAAA